GAUCCCAGGCUAUAAAAACAAGCUGCCCUGUCACCGCCGGCGACACUCUAGACAGACUUACCCUCUCACCGCUAAAGAUGUUUCACGCUAUCAUGGACACCAUGCAGGGCUUUGGGGUGAGCAGCACCCGCUACCUGCAGACCAACUAUCAGGAUGCCCAAGGUUUGUUCCUCUGGGUGUCAUGGGCAGCAGACCUCAGGAACACCUUUUUUAUCUUCUUCCCACUCUGGUUCCACUUUCGGCCCUCGGUGGGCAUCAAGCUCAUCUGGGUUGCCGUCAUUGGGGACUGGCUCAACCUGGUGUUCAAAUGGAUUCUGUUUGGAGAGAGGCCCUACUGGUGGGUCCAUGAGACGGCUUACUACAGCAACAGCAUUCGUCCCGCUAUUGAACAGUACCCAAUGACCUGCGAAACUGGUCCAGGAAGCCCUUCAGGUCACGCUAUGGGAGCGGCAGGUGUCUACUACACCUUGGUGACAUCUAUCCUUGCCAUCAUGGCCAGCAAGAAGAAACAUGGUGGCAAGAAGUCUUCUAAAAACGGCUACUUGAAGGUUAUUCUUUGGACCGUGUUCUGGGCAGUCCAAGUGUGCGUCUGUCUAUCCAGGGUCUUCAUAGCUGCACACUUCCCCCACCAGGUUGUUGCUGGAGUCAUCACAGGCAUGAUUGUGGCUGAGGCCUUUAACAGAACCCAGUGGAUCUACAAUGCGAGCAUGAAAAAGUACUUCUACACCACGCUCUUCCUGACUUCCUUCGCAGUGGGGUUUUACCUGCUUCUAAAGGUUGUGGGUGUAGACCUCCUCUGGACGCUGGAGAAGGCCCAGAGAUGGUGCAACAAGGCCGAAUGGGUCCACUUGGACAGCACGCCUUUCGCCAGCCUCCUACGCAACAUGGGCACACUAUUUGGCCUUGGCCUCGGCCUGCACUCGCCCCUGUAUACCGAGACAAAGCGCAGCAGUAAUGCAGUGUCCCGGGCCGGCUGCAUUGUCAGCUCUCUGCUGUUGCUCCACCUCUUUGACUCCUUCAAGCCACCCACGCACACCGCCGCCCUAUACUACCUACUCUCCUUCUGCAAAAGCGCCACUGUACCCGUAGCGACUGUCAGUAUCAUCCCAUAUCUGGUGAACAGCGCGCUGGGCCUGCACACCAAAAAGGGCGUGUGACGCAAAUGUAAGGCCGUAAAGAAAGACUUCACGAAACAAAAAGCACAGGGUGGCUUCUUCCUACCUAUAGACUUGGUGCCAAUUGCAUUUAGUUGGAAAAAAAAAAAGACCAAAAAAAUGAAUCAUUAGAAGGAGCCAACAAAAACAACAGGAAAAGGUCACUGAACUUUGUGUGUGUGCCAGUGACACUUCCCAUGAUGCUUUGAAGCACUUACAAGAGCGCACUAAUAUAAACAGAUGCUAUAUAUUAUAUGUAUUAACUAUCUGACUGACUUUUUGAAUAUUACAGAGUAUUUUUUGACUAUUUUUAAUAAAAUCUUGAAAAUGUC